AUGGUUAUAAAAUGGCAUGAAAACGUUUUACAUUUCAAAAAUAAAAAAAUUGAACUAGAACAAAAAAUUCUCAAAGUCGCACAAUACACUAAAUGGUUAGUUGUAGCUACGCCGCAUAAAUUAUUUUUCUUUGGAAAUGAAGAUUACACAAUGUCAUUUCCUAUUUUAGCAAUUGAUAUUGCAGAUAAUCAUGUUAUUUACCAAGACAGAACAAAUUAUAAUAUUUACAAAGUAUUACAUCCAUACGAUGAAGAAAUAUUUUUAUUUAAUGCCAAGAAUUUUAUUUUUAAAUUUUUGUAUUUGGAUAAAUAUUAUUUUUUAGAAAAAGAAAAUAGAUUUUUUAUAAAAAACGAUGAAGAUUUUUUUGAACUUAAAUUAAUAGUUUUAAACAAUUUAGUUAAUUAUAUCUUGUACAAAUUUGAUAUUGGUGAAUUAAACGCUGUUCAGGAUUUUUUAAACAAAUCCUUUGAUACACAACAAAGAGAAUAUCAAAUUUUUUUAUAUACAGAUUAUGUGAUAAUAUUGUACGAAAAUACACUUACAUUUUUAAUGAAUGAAAAUAACAAACUUGUAAUUAGAGAGCCAAUUUAUUUAAAUGAAAAAAUAUACAUGCAUAAAAUAAUAAGAUUUAAACUCAUUACAAAAAGUUUAUAUUUAUUACAAAUUAAUAACUUAUUAUUUUACAGAGACAAGUUAAUAUCUCAAUUUAGUAAAAAUUUUUAUCCCGGCGCAUUUUGUAUCAAUAAGUAUUCUUACUUUCUGCACGAUAUCUUUUGGAAAAAACCUGACGCGUUAGAACUAAGAUUUUUAGAACCCCUUAAUGACGAUUUACUUCUAAAAGUUAUAUCGGAAUGCAUAAAUACUGGAAAAUAUAACUUUAACAAUAUUUGUAUCGAAAGAAACCAAAUAGACGAUAUUCUUGAGUUGGAGUUUAUAAAAGAAAAUAAUUUGGUAGAUUUUGUCAAAAAAAUACAAAAAUAUGAUUUUUUAGAAAAUUCAAUAUUUUACAGUAAAAUUAACCAUCUUUCUUUUUACAAACCUUUAACGAUAGAAGUAUUGGAUUUGAAAUAUCUUUUAUCUAUCAAUUAUAAGAGAAUUUUUUACUAUAAUCCUAAUAUACCUGUAAAUAAAGAUGUAAAAAAUUUAGCUUAUAUGAUAAUUUAUUACGAAAAAAAUAGAAAUGCAAGAUUUAAAAAAGUUAAAAAAUUGAACAUGAAAGCUUUUUUUAAAAAAGAAUAUAAAGAUGAUCGAAUGUCUGAAGUGAUAAAUUUGUUUUAUGAGCCCGUCAAAAUUUUUAAUUUAGACGAAAAUAUAAACGAAGAUACAACAGAAAAAAGUUAUUUAUUGAGGAUUUCAGUAAAUAUCGGAAAAUCAUUUUGUUUUUUUGAUAAUAAUUUUUUUAUAAAACAACAUAAACUCAAUGUAGAUAGCCUUAAUAGACAUCUAAUUUUUCCAUUAGAGAAAAAUGGAAAUAUAACAAAUAUAGAAUUAAAGGAUAAAACGUGGAUUAAUUGGCCAUCUUUUAAUUACGGAUGCUGUAAAAUAUUAGGAAAUAAAAAAAAAGUCAAUUUUAAACAUAUACUAACAUUAAAGGAUAUAAACGAAUUUAUGUUAUCUGGACUUGUAUUUGGAUUUGGAAUAAAAAAUCUAUUUAAAAAUAUAGAAUUUUUAAGUAUUUUAGAGCAUAUUAAUGAGGAACAAGGAAUACUAUUAUGUUCGACAUUAGCAGCAUAUGGUAUUUCAAAUAGAGGAAUCAGAAAUAACAACUUUGAGGAGUAUUGCUUUAAAAACAUCAUGAGCGAACAAAGUAUUAAUGUCAGAAUUGGGUCAUUGAUCGGUCUUUCGAAUAUUUUUGCAUCUACAAAAAAUUUGCGCUUAAUUAACAUUUUAAAAAAAGAAAUAGAAAAAAAUGGAAUAUUUUUAUCUGAAAAAUAUAAUAAAAAUAACACUACUGUAUAUGAUAAAUAUUAUAAAUUAAUAUGUACAUUCAAUCUUGCAAAGGUUGUAAAUCAAUCAGAUGAAUUUGUUUUUUUAGAAAAUAGAUUAUGUGAACUGAUUUUUAAUGGAAUUUGUUUAAAAAAUAAAUUUAAGCAUAAACAGAAAUUUGAACGACAUAAAGGAGAUCCAUUAGAAGAAAUAUUUUAUUCACAUAUGUUUUUAGAAGAAUGUUGUAGUUUGAAAAAUAAUAAUUCCGUAUUGUGUCAUAAAGUAAAAAAUUCUAAUCUGAAUGAGAUUAAUUGUAAAAUAGCUAAUUUUGAUGAGCGUAUAAUUCAAAUUGAAAAUAAUAUUGGAACAUUUACUAUUUGGGAUGUUUUUAAAUAUGCAGGGAUAGUAUUCUAUUAUGGAAUUAGUAGAAGUAUUAAAAUAAAAAGAAAACACAUUGAUAUAUUAUUAAUGGUUGAGUCAAUAAUGAUUAAAGAUAGUAGAUUUAGGGUUUUGUUUGAUUAUAUUCUUAUAGCAUAUUGUCUUUCUAGCAGAUCAAAUUGUGAUUUAGAGCUUUUAAGAAUUAUAAGACGGCAGAUUAAAAGAACGGAAAAUAAAAGAACUAGAGAUAUUUUUGUUUUUACAAACCACGGAAUAAAAAAGGAAAACGUCUCAAGUUUAACAUAUGGAGAUUUUGAAAAGUAUAAGAUUUGUUUAGGAAUUUUAUGUCUUGGACUAACAAAGUUUGAAAUAAUAGAGUCAAAGUUUCUGAAAUUAUCAUUAAUAAGUACAUUUUACGUAACUUGGCCCACUUCUCCACAUGAUCAAGAAUAUUUAACUUUUUAUAGAUAUGAAUUAUUUCAAAAUAUUGGUAAAAAAACAAUACCAAGCUUUAAACAUUAUUUAUUAUCUAAAUAUUUUAAAAAGAAAUUUAAAAAGCUAGAAAAUAAGGAAAAGAAGUUUAUUCUUGAUGUCUUGGGUGAUUAUUAUGAAAAUUAUCAUAAUAAAGAAGAUUAUGUAAUUGAUAUAGAAUAUUUAAAAGAUUUAAUAAUAAAAUCUACUUAA